GGAAAACCCAGGAAGUGCAGUCAGGCACCAAUCGCGGCUAAGACUAAGAAUAAACGUCCUGAGUAAUGAAUGACCUGGGCCUGAGCAGAAGAGGAGGCUGGAACCGGAGCCAGGCUGGCUGGGAGCAGCUGGCUCCACAGGGCCUGUGGGUGAUGGUGGCCAUGAAGUCAUGCCCUGAAGAGCAGUACUGGGACACCCUGCUGAACGGCUGCCUCUCCUGCAGGUCCAUCUGCAGCCAUCAGGUCCCACGCUCCUGUGCCGCCUUCUGCAAAUCCCUCAGCUGCCACAAGGAGCCAGGCAGGUACUAUGACCAGCUCCUGAGGGAAUGCAUCAGUUGUGCCUCCAUCUGCGGACGUCACCCCAAGCAGUGCACCUACAUCUGUGAAAAGAAGUUUAGGAGCCAAGUGAACCUUCCUCCAGAGCUCAGGACACAGUGGACAGGGGAGACUGGAAACAGGCCAAACAACCUGGGGCGGUCCCAAGGGUCAGAGCACAGAGGAACAGAGGCAGUUGCCCCAGGGCUGAAGCUGAGUGCAGAGCAGAGGGCCCUGGUGUACAGCACACUGGGCCUCUGUCUCUGUGCCAUCAUCUGCUGCUUCCUGCUGGCUGUGGCCUGCUUCUUCAAGAGGAGAGGGGAACAGCUGUCCUGCCAGGCCACCCCUGAGCCAGGCAAGACGGGGACCAGCAUCACCAAGGCAGAUCACUGGAUGGAAGGCGGCAGCACUAUGGAUGGGCCCCCAGAACCAGUGGAGACAUGCAGCUUCUGCUUCCCUGAACGCAGGGAGCCCACUCAGGAGAGUGCAGGGGCCCCUGGAGCCCCUAGCCCUGUGAGCAUGGAGAGGUGGGGGCACCACAGGACUGAGACCCGACUGCACUGCGCACACAGCCAGGCAGGCUGCCUGGAGGUGGUAUGCAUGCCUACCCAGGACAGGGGGCCAGCUAUGUGAGCCUCAUGGGUAGGGACAGGAGGGAGUGGGAGAGAAAAAAAGGUGCAGUGAUGGAGAUGGUGACAGGAAAAUAAAGAGUUUAGUGGGAAACAGGGAGAGAGAAGGUCAAUGACAGGAGGGAAGGGCACCAAGAGAGUGACAGGGAGAAAAGAACUAGGGAUGUGCCAGGAUCUGAAGUUAUGGCCAUUUUUGUCCCUAUUCACCUCGGCAAACUGUAGUAGCCAUCAUAGAUAUGCCACUAAAUCACCAGGCCCAUGGAACACAGCCCUCUAAAGCCUUCCCACACACAACCCUUGAGCUGCAAAAAUAAAGCCCUUCUGGAUGUUCACUGUUGAUGUCACUGCUA